AUGGCAUCAACCGAGAGCUCAGAGCCGCAAGUCUCCUCGCCAGUACGGGCUGCAAAGAGUCCCCGCGCCAAAGGGUCAUCGCCACCAGCGGCGACAAGCUCACCUGCUGGCAACGCAAAUGAAACCGAGGCAGGUCAAAUUGUGGCUCUAUGCAUUCACACGUCCUCGACAGCUUCGUUAACCGAAAGCAUCACGGAGUACCGACGCAUCCUUGGGCGUACCUACACGCAAAAGGUUGACUACUGGGGGCCGAAUGAUGAGAAACAGAAUGAAGGACUCGAUCUUGCCCAUUAUUGGGAAUGCGUAUUCUUCGACGAUAAGCUGUUUUUGGCGCCUAUCGGAGACAGCCCUCAGAAAGUUCUCGAUAUUGGUACCGGAACGGGCAUUUGGGCCAUUGACUUUGCCGACGAAUUUCCGUCGGCAGAAGUUACCGGUGUCGACAUUUCACCCAUACAACCUAGUUGGGUUCCACCCAAUUGCAAAUUCCAAAUCGACGAUAUUGAGGCGGAUUGGACAUGGCCUACUGAAUUCUUUGAUUACAUUCAUAUUCGACACUUGGAAGGAUGUGUUUCUGAUUGGCCGAAGCUCUAUUCUCAAGCAUUUGAGCACCUCAUACCUGGCGGGUAUGUCGAGGUAAAUGAGCUAGAUCUGGAAGACUACUCUCAAGCACUCGGUGAUGAUCUUCCCCAGGAUCACGUGUACAGAAGGUGGGCGAAGAUCAUGUUCGAGUCCAUGGAUAAGCUUGGGAAAACUGGAAAACAGACUCGGGAUCAUGGCAUCGCGAACGGCAUGAGGAAUGCUGGAUUCGUGGAUAUCGUGGAGAAAAGCUGGCCGAUUCCUAUUGGAGGAUGGGCUUCGGACCCCAAGCUCAAAGAAGUCGGGGCUGUCAACUUGCAGUACAUCGACCAGUCUCUGGAGGGGUUCGGAACUUUUCUUUUAAGACAAAUGAUGGGAUGGGAGGAUGUGGAAAUUCUCGUUUUUAUCAGCGAGAUGCGCAAGGCACUGAGAGACCUGAAGCUGCAGACGUACUUUACAUUGCAUGUUGUCUACGGACGUAAGCCAGAACAGUCCGAUGAGCAAGCCCCGGUUGCAUCAGCUGCAGCUGUAGCCUAAUCAGAAUUCGGACAGAAGUCAUGCGUCAUAUUUAUUACCAUUGGCCUUUCUUAGUCUAUGCCGUUUGUCAAACUUAGUGUCUUGUGAAAUCAGAGACGAGAGUCUUCUUCUUGUUAUACUUCAUUCGACUAUUUCAAGCAUUCACUCCAUCCAUACCUUAAGAUAGUCGGGUCACAUAAUCGAAAACGCAAAUAUCGU